UUCUCAUUUUUAUGUUAUUUUUUCAGGUACUGAUGGCUCAGUUAUAUGUUAUCCCAUCAUUCUAAAUAACAAAAGGUUAUUCGGAGUUGUAGAAUUUGUAAGAGAUGCAAACGUUUUACCGUUUGGAGAAGAGGAUGUGGAGAUCACGCGUAGUUAUCUUGCAUGGGGAACUAUUUCAGUACAUUAUGCGGAACUUGCACAGAGUCUCAACUCUUAUGCGAAAAUAAUGGACUUCACCAACACUUGUACAAGAACCUUGCUGAAUCCAAACAAAUCUAUCACCGACAUUCAAGAGACCAUAAUUGAGUUUGCCAAGACAUCAACACAGUCAAGUAAUUAUACAGUCUUUCAGUUGGAUCAUGAAACAAAUGAAUUUCUGUCGACUUUAUCAGAUCUAAAAGACGAAAAUGGCAAAGAUAUUCAACUUAGAAUCUCAAAAAAUAAAGGAAUACCUGGUCAUGUACUAAGGACUGCACAGUUAGUUAGUGUGAAAGAUGCGUAUGCUGAUCCGAACUUUAGCAGAGAUACCGAUGUGCUCACAAAAUAUACGACAAAAACAAUCUUGGCUUCACCAUUAUUCGAUGAUGGGAGGUGUUUUGGUGUGAUGCAGUUCUUGAAUAAAAGUCAUGGUGUGUACACAAAAGAAGAUGAGGAAGUAAUGCAGCUGUGUACCAAUUUCUACAACUUGACCACGCAUAUUAUUCAGGUCAAGAAAGAAAAGAAAAGAAUGUCAAACGAAAUCUUGAUAUUAAAAGAAUUGUUAGAAUAUCAUACAAAGUCAAGAAAAAAAGAUUUGCGUAAAAUUACAGCUCCAUCUGCCACCGUUAGCGUUCCUGAUGACUUUUACAAAUUCUCAUUCGAUUAUUACAAGAAUUCUAGUCAAUUUGGACUGUGGUUUUUAAACAUAGCAAAAGAUGUAAUGGACAAAUGUGAAGUAAGAUAUUGCAAGAAAGCGUUGAUUCGCUUUACUGCGACUGUUAAACGGCACUAUCGUGACUUACCGUAUCACACAUGGGAUCAUGCUUUUUCUGUUGCUCAUUUUAUGUAUUUGUUGUUGGAGAAAGUGUUUGACAAAUUCCCUGUGAUUGAAAAAGUUGCAUUGAUUUUCGCGUGUAUUUGUCAUGAUCUCGACCAUCGCGCACGUAACAAUGCUUUCAUGCAGAAUACUGAUCAUCCGAUAUCUCGUCUCUAUGGCGAAUCUUUAAUGGAGAAUCACCACUUUUACAUGUGCAAGUAUAUAUUUCAGAGAAAAGAAUGCCAAUUUCUUUUGGGUUUAGAUGAAGAACAAGAAAAAGAGUUCUUUGCAGUGAUGAAGAGCGCUAUAAUUGCUACCGAUUUGCUUAAAAGCUUCAAAUAUAGAGAUGACUUGAAAGAAAUUGUCGAUUCAAAAUCUUUUGUUUGGGAGAGCGUAGAACACAGAUCACUUGCUACAUGUAUUAUGAUGACUGUGAGUGACCUGUGCGCAUCGUGUAAACCCUGGGAAAUUCACAAGUUUUCAUCAACCAAAGUAUUUAAAGAAUUUUAUGAUCAGGCUGACGAAGAAGUUUCGUUGGGAAUGACUCCUCUCGCUAUGUUCAUGAAUAAAGAUGAAAUCGCAUUAAAUCAAAUUGGCUUCCUAAACGGAAUUGUGAAACCAUGUGUUCAAGUUCUAGUUCCAGUAAUACCAGCCAUGGUUGAGAUUGAGGAACAAAUUCAGUGUAGUAGCAAUCGUUGGGAAGAGAAAGUCAAAACAGAAAAAAACACAGAAGACUUAGAAAGUUUGGUAACUCCUGGCAACACACUGCAGGAAAAUAGCAUCUCGUUCGUUCGCUACAAUUGCUCUGGAGAUACUAGUCAGCAGCGCUCAAAAAAGUAACUGGUUUUAUAAAUUGUAUUAAUGUAUGUAAAAGUUGUAUAUAUGUAUUAUAAAUACUUGUAAAUUGUAAAAAAAAGGUAAUUAAA